GGAACUAACUCGAAUCCAAAAGUUGAAAUUGUCCUGGAGUAGAUGCCCUCGAAGGUGACGAAGAAGAUGAUGACCAAGAAGAGGACAACGAAGGUCCGGAUGACAGCAAAAAGGGAACGACACCCGAAAAGAAGAAGAUGAGGGGUAAGAACUCGAGUCUUAAGCGAUUCCUCAGGCGCAAAAAGCGACAAAAUGUGAUCACUCCCCAGACCGAAGCUUUGAAAGCAAAACUGUCUCAAAGAAAACAACUUCACAUCCAACAACAAAAACAGAAGGCUGCUCAGAAAGAUGGUAGUGGUGGUGGCACGGGUGGAGGCGCAUUGAGUAGAUUUUCUUAGAGCUUCCCUUGCUAUAAAACUCAGCCACUUUCUAUUUACCUGUUUUCUGUUCAUUUUAAAUAUUGGGAUCGUGUGUUUUAAUUCGAAUGAUUCUGUUAAUUAUUCAACUCAUGGAAGAAUAAAUUCACUGGCUGGGGAUGUAUAAUCAAACUUUUUCUGUUCUGUUUUGCUUUCUCUUUCUUUGCUUUUUCUUACGAUAAUCAAUC